AUGACGGCGCGAAGAGAUGGAGGUAGGCGACAAUUGGAUGAAGCCAUAGAGGAAGCGGGAAAGACACCAUUCGCACGACAGAUACAACUCGCCGCAGUACCAGCUAAAUGCACUCUACCUGUAUUUACUAACUUUUUUGAUGGAAGCACGUGCGCAGUACAACACAUAAGAGCAUAUAGCCGGUCUCUGUUACAAUGGGAAGAAAAUGAUGUGGUGCUAUGUAAAUUUUUCCCUGCGAGUUUGGCAGGCGAAGCCCUGCAAUGGUUUGAAGGAUUUCCAGUAGGAACCAUUAUAUCCUUUCAUCAUCUACAAAACAUAUUCCUAGGACAAUACAUUAGCAAUAACAUGGUAUGCCCAGGAAUUGAAAAGAUGUUUCGCUUGCGAAGAAGAAUCAAUGAGAGUCUGCGAAAUUUAACUACGCGAUGGAGGAGCAUGUGUAGCGAAAUGGCUGGGAGAGUAGAUGAGCGAAAUCUUAUACUAGAUUUUAUCAAUGCACUUUUUCCUACAAACUUACUGUAUACACAGAUCUUCAGGACAAAAGAUGUAAUAACAAUGGCGGAGUUACGAGAGUUCCAAGAAGAGUACAUAGCUCUUGAAGAAAAACAUAGAGAAAUGGAAUCUUACCCAUUUGCUAUAACAAGCGUAAAUCAAGGAAAUGCAAGCUUACUUCCAAGGAUAACAAAUGUUGUCGCAAGCACAUCCCAAGGGAGUCAAGGAAAGAAAGCAAUGUAA